AUGUCUUCAGUGGAUAGCAGUUCCCUGGGUAGCAGUGGAGAUGGGCAUAGCUUAUCUUCGACGCCGUAUACAUGGAUUCUUACGCCGCUCAUCGUUUUCCUCGCCAUUGGCAUCCUCGCUACACUCGUCCAGUUCCAGCGCCGCCGCCGUCUCCGCAAGCUCGGUCUGCAGCGCCCAUGGCCUCGUCGCGAUCUAGAGGCGAAUCGCCAAAGGCAAGGAGGCCAACGCUCAUCUCGUAAUGGUCGUUGGGCGUGGACUACCCGCAGCGAUGAGGGUUUGAACGAGUUCGGCGAGGCCCCGCCCGCCUACGAACCGAAAGCGAAGCCCGGUCAGACUCUUCCCCGAGACGGCAGCUUCGAGAUGGCUCAUGUUGAGCACACCGCGGCCGGCGCCAUCCCCCCGCCGCCACCCAUCGGUGCCGCGGCAGGAACUGCCCGGGGUUCCCUGCCACCAGAUUAUGGCACAGCAACUGGCUCUACGUCUUCGACACCACCAGCCGUCGCGAGCCCACCUCCAGCUGUGACGAGAAGCUAA